AUGCACCUGGGGCGGGCGGCUCCUGGCCGAUCUCAAGGAAUCCCGCGCGCAAACCGCGGCCGCGUCCACUGCCGUGGUUGCGGCCCCGGCCACCAUUGCGAGGGACUCGGGCCAUGGCAAGGGUCAGGACGCCAGGCUGGACAAUACGUACAUAACGUAUGGCGGGCAGGAGCCCAACACUCGAUGCGCAGGCGGCUAUGGUCCCAUCCGGGGAACGGGAACGGGGGGUACGGGCGUGAGAAGGCAGAAGGAACAAGGUUGGCGAGGGUUCGGGGCCGGCGCUGGACCCUCGGCAAUUAUGUGGGUGCGUGGUUCGACGAAGGAGGCCGUGCAACGGCGCGCGCCCGGCGAAGAGCAGGUAGGCGACGGGCAGGGUCGGCGCGGACUCUCGGAGGCGUCAAUAGGGCUGCAAGGUGCUCCGUCGGCGAGGUGUCGAGCGCGUGA